AUGAACUCCUCGUCGUCAUCGUUGCCACUUUCUUCGUCGUCCUCGUCGUCGUCCUCAAGCUUGCCCCCUAUCGCUUCUUCUUCUUCUACUUCUACUUCUACUUCUACUUCUACUUCAAAACUAUCACCAUCUUCUGUUAAUACUACUACUACUACUACUAAUAUUACUACCACAUCAUCCGUUAUUAUUAAUAAUAAUAAUAAUAAUACCACUAACAACUUCAAUAAUAUAAAUACCAAUCCCAUCACUAAUACUACCUCAAACUUCUUUUCUCCUUCUUCAUCGUCUCCAUUGUCGUCCAGCAUCAUUUUGUCUAAUUCGGGUAAUAUCCCAUCUCCAUUCCCACACUCGGUCCCCGUGGUAGUGGCUGCUAGAAAACAACCACUUUACUUUGGUCUUUCGUGCUCACCUUCUUCCACUUCACCACUAUCAACACCUCCCAUUUCCUACUCAGAUUCUGAAGACUUUCUCGAAAAAGAAGAAGAAGAAGAAGAAGAAGAAGAAGAAGAAGAAGAAGAAGAAGAAGAAGAAGAAGAAGAAGAAGAAGAUCAGGAACAAGAAUCCCGCCAAUCUAGUAGAUUUAAUAAUAAUAAUAACUCUACUACAUCUUCUUCUCAUAUUACAAUAACUAAUCCAAGCAUAAGUUCUACUUCAAGCUCUCGAUCAAGUUCUGGUUCUAGUGGAUCCUUCAUCACGGGAGCUUUUACAACUGCUAGUAUAUCUUCUCCUGGUUCCACUAAUACACCCCUAUUUAGGCAAUACCAACAGCAGCAACAGCAACAACAUCAACAACAUCAACAACAUCAACAACAUCAACAACCUCAACUUCAGCAUCAACUUUACUACCACCAGCCAACAUCACCGUUGGCUACACAUUCAAAUACUGCUGCACCCCUCACCGCAACAACUCCAAUAACUGCAACCGCUUCUAUUUCUGGGACCUCCAGUCCUUCUUCCUCUUCUCAGAACACAAUGCAGCCAUCAUCUACUUCUUCAUCUUUUUCAACAGAUGCCUCACCUUCUCCUUCCUCAGCGGCUCUUUCUGCAUCUCUCAACCAUCUUAACCGAGUAACUGGAGUAGGUAUCUUGUCGAAACAAAAAAAAAUAGGUAUACCAACAACUUCUUCUUUUUCUUCUUCUUCUUCUUCCUAUUCUUCUUCCUAUUCCUCUUCCUCCACAACAAUAGCAUCAGGCUCAUUACCAGGAAGUGGUGGAACUAACACCAAUAUCGGAAGCAGCGGAAGCAGUCCCUUAUCGACUACUCCAUUAUCUUCAUCCGACUGCCCUAUUCCAGUCCCAGGAGCUGGCGCUCCCACAACUACUGUCACGUUUCACACAGGAUGGCCCAGUGCCUCACCUGUUUCACCAUCUUCUCUAUCGUCAGUUUCUUCUUCACCAGGAACAUCGCUUUUUUCACGGCAAAUGAAUAACAGCAGUAAUAGCAACAGCACCACUACCAGUAAUAAUACUACUAGUAAUAACAGCAAUAGCAAUAACAAUAACAAUAACAGCAGCCACACUUUGAAUAACACUUCUAAUCUGCCCAUAACUGCAUCAUCACCUCAAAGCCUUUCAUCCUCAUAUUCUUCACCCUCGCCUUCGUCUUCUACCUCAUCUUCAUCUUCAUUCAUCCACCGCAGAGCUGACCGUUCUUCAUCCUUUUCCAAAACAAACCCUCCACCACCACUAUCCUUCAAACGAACAGCCAUCGGGUCUGUUUCUACAACCAUGUCGACCUCCUCUCCUCUUUCCAUUUUGUCUACUUCGGCUUCUAAACAAGCUGCUACUUCCUCGUCUUCGCCGUCAUCUUCGGGUUUAAUACAGAAUACAUCUCCACCAAACAUUUCAACACAUCCAGCUGUAGCAGCUGCUGGAGCUGUAGCCGUGGCUGCAGUUGCUGCUUCGUCAUCACCAUUAUCUUUGUCGUCUUCUCCAAGUACCAGGGGUGCCGGCGGGACUUCCAUUACCACCACCACGGUGACCAUUCCAGGAAACUCUUCUGUGGCCUCAACCUUAUCCUUCAAAUCCUCCCCACAUACUCCUUCCUCUUCUAUCUCUACAAAUAGCAGCAACAGCAGCAACAACCCUACACUUGCAACUUUUAACAAGCGACAAGUCGACUCACAACUGUCGGACUCUAUCAUCUCGCUUUCUCUUUACUCUCCUCAUAAUAUGCAAAUGACUCUCGGGCAACAUGCUUCUGAAAGACCAAAAGUUGCUUCUAUCGACACUUCGUACCGCGGAUCAUUCUCUCCUCUUGCUUUUGCACAAACUAUAUCCUCAGCUUCACCUUCACAGCCUGCUGACUCUUCUUCUUCUUCGGAACCUGCAUCAAAAGUUUCUUCAACACAGGAGGGUGAAAAGACAAAUAGCAACACUCUAGAAACUAACAAAGAAAAAGAAGAAGAAGAAGAAGAGGAAGAAGACGAUCAGGAGGCAGACGAUGAACAGGAAAUGCAACCACCGAAAAACUCGCCCAUUUUGCAUCAAGAGGAUUCGGAGUUACCAGAUAACGAUAGCGAAAAGGAUAAUGAAGAUUUACAAGAUGCUUCUCAUGAAAACCAAAACAUUGUUUUGGAACUGAGUCUUGAUGGUACAGUUCGUUAUCUCAGCGCAAACUGGGAAGAUAUUACUGGUUAUCCGGCAUCCGACCUAAUAAAUACGAACAUCUCUUCAGUUAUCAUAGGCGAUGAACAUGACCGUGAGGUAUUUGUCCGUGCUGCCCAGGCCAUGAAGGACGAUGAAUCUAGUUACAGAGUUACAUUCUUGACUUCCAAACGACCUGCGCCUAUUUGCUUUGAUGUUCCUGAAAUCAAUUCCCCUGCUACAUCUACAAGUACUGCCAACAAACUACCGUUAUCAUCUCUGCCGGACGCUAGCACUAGCACUGUUUCAGCUCCACAGCAGCAAGGGGGUAUACUAGGUGGAGAUGGAGGUACAUCAGUAACAGCGUUAGAAGGAGGAGAAGUAGAUGCACGUUCAAGUAGUAACUGUUCUCUUGCGUCUCCCAUCAGCCUCGGAUACCGCCAGAAACAGGUGGAUGCCGUUGCAGCCAUGGCCGCGGCUGUGCUUUCGCCCACUAUCAAGCCAGUCCAACAAGACGAUGAUGACUUUGUGCAGUCUACGGCUACAACUCCCGCACAAAAGAGUGUGCAGAAAUCGUCUUCAAAAGACAAAAAUGCUCCUACGUCAUCUUCCUCGUCAUCGUAUUCAUCAUCUCCUUCAACUGCAACUUCCAUAGAAGGUAAAAUGGAUGUUGAUGAGCCCACCGAAAAUCUACUUGAAGAAAACGAAGAAUCAAUGCACAAUGAUACAGUAGAAAUUCAUCCAAAAAGUCUUAAAAGUAUUAAUACCCCUGGUGAGACAGCAAUACAAGAUGAAGACGAGGAGGACGAGGAGGAAGAGGAGGACGAAGAUGAGGAAAUUGACGACGUUAUUGAAAUUGAGGGUCAAGGUGUCUUGAUUUACCAUAAAAUCAGCGGUGAUCCGAGUCACACAAUGUGGAUUCUACGACCAUAUGUUCCACCAAAGCCACUCAGCAUUGAGCUUCCUUGGAAAUUAAUCCAGGCCCUUGGUUUUGGCGUCGAACUUCUAGUCGAUUACCUCCAAUCUCUCUCCGAAGCCGUUUUUUCUGGCUGUGAAAAGGCCCCUGACCCACCUACAGCUUUGUGCCACAUUUGUGAGCACUACUUCCCAACAUGGUGGUUUGAGCGUCAUUCAGAACUGUGUCUUCUUGAACACAAGGCUCAAAGUGAUAUCGACACAGCUCAUGAGAAUCUUGUUGACCAGCGAAACACAAUUUCCCAGCUUCUUUCGCUCAUGGACCAACACUUUAUGAUGGCUGCUGGUGCUGCAUCAGGUAUGGCCACACCAUCUUCAUUAAACUCGGUUCAAUCUUCAGCAUCAUCUUCAGCAUCAUCUUCAUCUCCACCAGCUUCGUCUUCAACAUCCUCUGCUCCUGGAUCAUCCUCUACAGCAACAGCUGCUUCUUCAUCUGAAGCUCAACAACCCCAGCAACAGCUCCACCAUGCAUCACCCGCCAGUGCAUUCUCUUCUUCUUCUUCUUUAGCAUCUACCGCUUCCAAUAGCUCCUCGUUGUCGGCGUCUCACAAGAAGAUUGAAUACCAAGGCUAUCAACUGCCAAUCUUUGCUGAGGUUUUCCAGCCCAGCUCUGCAGGCUCCUCCAAUUUGGCAUCAGGUUCUUCUCCAUCCUCUGCAUCCCCUCCACAAUCCUCUUCUUCUUCAUCUCUCCUGGCCUCAAACACAACCUUUACUUCAUCUCCACCAAUGUCUCCUCGAAUUCAUCCAGGUGCACCAUCUAAAUCUCGCAUGCUAGCCAAACAACUAACCAAGCAGCAGCGCCAGCCACUCAAAUUACUCGAGCUUCUCCUUGGAUUGUGCGACAUGGCUGUCGACAUUAACAAGCCCGAGAUUCGCUAUUUCAACGAUUCAGGCGAUCCUUCUUCUUCAGUUAACCGCUCUGUUAUUUUCAAUCCAUCUUCUGGCCCCUCCUCUUCCUAUUCUUCAUCUUCAUCCCCCAAUAAUCAUUCCAGCCAAACCAUGCGAAUCCAUUCACCUCACAGUGAAUCCAAUAUUUUCCGCGUUUUACGCUGGAAAUCUCCUACAAUAGAAGACCCUGGGUUGCAACUACUUUGUAAAGAUACGGCUAAGUACGCUCUUGAAAAGGCUGAGGCCGUUUUGCGUCUGGGUAAUACAAUCAAAUACACAGACACAAUCCGUAAGGAGCUUGAGGCUACAGUUCUUGAGGUAAUUAAUGAUACAAUAGAAAAGGCGCACCAGCGACAAAUGGAUUGUGAAUGCGAUAUGGAUUUGAUUGAAGAGGACCAUGAUGCUGCAGAUGAUUCUGAUUACAUGUCUAUUGUGGAGUCCAAUUCUGGAACAACAAACAACUCGACUGCUGCAGCUUCUGCAUCCGCUUUGCCAUCUGGAGAAACUGCAACCGAGUCGCGGCCUUAUUAUGAUGAUGAGACGGAUUUAGAAGAGGGAAGCCUAUUUUCCGAUUCUUAUCUCAACACUGAUGCCAUUCCGUUAUCAACCACAUCUUCACGGUCUUCCGGAAGAUCUGUAAGCAUAAAUUCUAAUCGCCAAAAUAGCUUGGAGAGCUCGUCGAGUUCUCGUGGAAGAUCUCGUAACCCUAGCUCGGCAAGUGGGUCUAUAAUCAAUGUUCCCAUUAGUCGGCGAAUCUCUACUGUCCGUAGCAAUAGCGGACUUGGCAGCAGUACAAGUGACUUACUCGGAUUAACACCUCCAGUCCCAUUGCAAACUAUAGUGACUUCUUCUGGAUCCAUCAUCAUUCCAGGUUCAUCCAAUAAUGCGUCCGUCACACCAAAGGCCAUUCUUGCUUCACCAUAUCCUUCAAGCAAUAGCAGUAACAGUGGAAGUAGCAGUAGCAGCCAUCUUGUUUUCCAUCACCCUCACCACCCUCAUCACCCUGCCCAUCAUCGGCUGUCCACAGGAUCCAAUGAUUCAGUUGAUCCGCGUUUACGCAUUGAACGCCGACCCACUCUUGAUAGCCCUAUUUUAGAUUCUCCUUUAGAAGACCUAGAUCUGUCCAAUCCUCUCAACAGUUUGCUAUCCACACACACACAACACCACUCUAUUCCCAUCUCGGCCUCUCCAUCGGCUCAAAGCAAUUUCACUCGCAUCAAGUCUCGUAAAUCGCUUUCAAAUAUCUCUACAAUUCACAACUCACCCUCAUCUUACUCAUCGUCCCUUACGAGCUUGCAGCGUAAUCGUAUCCCAAUGACUCCUUCCUCAGAAAGCAUCCACUCACCAUCCACUCCACUUUCUUCGCCUCUUCUUUUCCCCAGCGACCAUGGUCCAGUACCUGGGCCUAUUGAUAUGCAACGCCGCCAAUCUUUGACUCUUUCUGCUUCGGAUUUCCAGCGUCAACCCAUUUCGCCACUGAUGACUGCUUCUGCGCCUCAGUCCAAACCUUCACAGCCUAGCAUUCGUGAUUAUGAAAUUAUCAACCCCAUUAGUCGUGGAGCCUUUGGCAGUGUGUUUUUAGCACGCAAAAAACUAACUGGCGAAUAUUUUGCAAUCAAGGUGCUUAAAAAGGCAGAUAUGGUGGCCAAAAAUCAAGUCAAAAACGUACGUGCUGAACGGGCUAUUAUGAUGUCGCAGUCCGAGAGUCCCUUUGUUGCAAAGCUUUACUUUACUUUCCAAAACAAAAACUAUCUUUACCUCGUUAUGGAAUAUCUCAACGGCGGCGACUGCGCCGCACUUGUCAAGGCUCUUGGCGGACUACCAGAAGAGUGGGCCAAGAAAUAUUGUGCCGAGGUUGUUGUCGGUGUCCAGGAUCUUCAUGAAAAGGGUGUGGUACACAGAGACUUGAAGCCCGAUAACUUGCUCAUUGACAAGAAUGGACACCUGAAGCUCACAGAUUUUGGCUUAAGCCGGAUGGGCCUUGUAGGUAGACAUACACGCCAAAACAUGUCUACAACCCCGUCAUCGUCAAGUUCUUUAUCGGCUGCAGUAAAUACUGCAGUAACAGGAACAACACCAACAACCUCUGAAAUUUAUGCUGGAUCAGCUUCUAACGACAUGAUGCCACCACCACCUUUGCAAACUCAUGUUUCUUCUCUCGCCUCUGCACUUGCAAACUCAAAUACACCAUCUGGACUGGGACUUGGUCUUGGAUCGCUCCCCAAUACUGGGUCUACUUCCAGUUUGACAUUACCCUCUCGAGUUGAAUCCAAGCCACUAGCAAAGUCUAAUACUACUCCAGAGGCAUCUUCUACAUCUACGCGACCGAGUAGUUCCUCAAGUGCUACCUCGUUGAUGGACAAUUUUAUGCAAGAUUCUUCAAUCAGCUUGGUUCCUGGGUAUUUUAAUUAUUCAACACCUACAGGUUCAUCUUCAUACAAGUUUAAGAAACCUCCUUUGACAAGGUCAGAAUCCAAUAGCAGCACCACGGGUGAGGCUCUUUUUAUUGGCUCUACAAUGUUUGGAGACAAUAGAUUCCCACCAGAGGAUGAUGGUAUGCCCACGGGUCCUGCAACCGAAAUUGUUCGUAGAGAUUCUGGCACCGAUUUGUCUGCCAAUAACUCUGGCGUUCCCUCAGCCAAGCCCAUGCCCUUGUUUGACCCCACCAAUACCACGUUCAAGUUUGUGGGUACUCCCGACUAUCUGGCUCCAGAAACUAUUCGCGGGGUUGGUCAAGACGAAAUGUCAGAUUGGUGGUCUCUUGGAUGCAUUCUCUUUGAGUUUAUCUACGGAUACCCACCUUUCCACGCAGAAACACCCGAGCUUGUGUUUGAAAACAUUUUGAACCAUAAUAUACAAUGGCCGUCAGAGGAAGAUCUUGCUGAAAUUGGUCUUGAAGUAUCACCAGAAGCUAAAGACUUAAUUUCUAAGUUACUUAACCCUGACCCCAAUGCUCGCAUUGGUGCGAAAAAUGGCGCUGAGGAAAUCAAGCAACACCCCUUCUUCAAGGGCAUCAACUGGAAUACUCUUUGGGAUGAAGAUGCGUCUUUUGUUCCAGUGACUGAGAACCCGGAAAGCACAGACUACUUUGAUUCUCGUGGUGCUGAAAACCAGGAUAUUCCUCAAGAUAUGCUUAGCCCCGAUGACGACGAUGAUGAUAAUGGUGUUCACCCUCAUGAUGGUGACGAAAACGAUCACGAUGAUGAUUUGUCUGGAGAUGUGACUAUGAGUUCCUCAGCAGUUAGCUCUGGUGGGUCUAGUCGCACGGGAAGUCUAGGGUCGGGCCACAACUUUGUGUUCCCUGCCAAGGAUUCUCAAUCAUCGUCCUCAUCAUUCCAAUCUCAGUCUCAAUCCCAGCAACCUCAGCAACCUCAGCAACCUCAGCAACCUCAGUCCAGGCCUAAGGCUAAUUAUCCCAUGCCAAUACCGCCACACAUUCGUGAGAAUCGAAUUCGGCGCGCGUCAGGGACUCUUGCAGAUGACUUUGGUAACUUUUCUUUUAAAAAUUUGCCAGUACUUGACAAGGCAAACCGUGAUACGGUUGACAAGAUUAAGACUGAAAGCUUGGAGCAUCGCACGAUUUUGGAAGCUGCCGAAAAGAAACGAGCGCGCGGAUUAUCAAUCAGUGCGCCUAAGAGACCUCUUUCACCAUCUAUUAACACUAGCUCUACAGCUGGUGUGUCGAGUGGAAGUAGCAGUCGCAUGCCUUCACCUGUCCGACAAACGUUUUCAUCACCCUCAGUGGCGAUGCAAACGUCUUUAUCGAUGCAUUCGCCCAUGCCAAGCGGUAGCAGCGUGUCGAGCUCUUUACUAUCAUCUAGUCCAUCGAGCAGCAGCAGCACCAUGUCAUCCUUUUCGCCCCACCGUAAGGUCUACCCUACAAACUCCCAUCACAGUCGACCUAGUAUGUCUGGCAUAUCUACUGCGUUUGUUCCUUCGUCGCCUAAAUCUUCGUACCUUUCGCCUUCUACAGAUUCUGCUUACCUUUCUCAGUCUCUGCCUCAACAGCAGUCGUCGAGUGGCAACAAGAUGCCUAUGUCACCACAGGCGCCUUUAUUUUUGGGAAACAAUAGUUUAUUACCUCCCAACCGUGAGGGAAGUCCUGAUUUGACUGAGCUGCGGCGGCACUCGUCGAUUCGGCUUACGCAGGCACUUGAUCCAUCCCCAUCGAGCUCUGAUAACGAAGAAACAGCGUUGCAGCGCGUGCAAAAACGACGCCAAAUUUCUCGCCGCGGAGUCAAAACAACAGUCCCGGCUUACAGACCUUUGGAUGUACUACUGUGUGAUGAUAACCCUGUGUCACGUUAUACUAUGCAAACGUUUUUGAGACAACUUGGAUGCUUUGUUGUUGCUACCUCGUCUGCUGCAGAAGCUAUUCGGUGUGCCAUGGGUGCUGUCAAAUACGAUAUUAUCUUUACUGAGUAUUGCUUUGAAAAGGUCACAUGUGCAGACUUUAUUCGUGUCUUGCGAAAUACAGCAAGUCCCAACACCAAUACACCAGUUGUUGCUGUGACCUCUUAUGUACAGGAAGCCUCUCCAAUGUCGCAGCCAUUCUCCAGCAUUAUUGAGAAACCGCCAACUUUGCUCAAGUUUGUCAAGGCUCUGGAGCGACAUUGUGCGUGGAAACCUCGCUCAGCAUCAAUCAAUUUGCGAUCUGCAGCCGAGGCUAUGGCCGAGAUUGCUGCACGAUCUAACUCUUUGACUGAAUCCAGCCCGAGUCCGAGCCCAACUCCAGCACAAAGCAGUAGUGCUGGUUCUGGUUCUGGAGGUGGUGCCAUUAUCUCUGCAGGCUCUUCUGUGUCAUCUUCUGCCAUUACUUCAGCUUCUGCGUCUGGUGCAAAUUCAAACUCGGCGUCAGUUUCUGCACCAAGCACAAAACCUGGCAGUAGCGAUUCUGACCCAACAGCAGCAGCAGCAGCGGCGGCAGCAGUUGAAGCAACUACCACAACGACUUCUUUCUUACCACAGGGCCCCCAAACACGCUCUGUCUCGGCGUCUUCCAGUAUUUCAAGCAUUUCCUCGACCUCUUUGUCCAGUGCACCUGUUCCGAUACCCCUGUCGUCUGUUUCUACAACGGCCGUUCAGCAAACAUUACCGCAGGGACAAAUGCAACAACAGCAAUUACCACCGCCACAAUUACCACACACUGACCCAAUGCAGCGGCGUAUCUCUGUAGACCAAUACUCGGAUCUGCCAUUGCCUAUGCCACGCCAGCGCGGCCACCUAGUCAACCACCAUGGAAAUGGAGCGGUAUCAUCGCAAAGUUUGAAGAAUGCACGUGUCAACAAAAACCCACCGCCACACUCAUCUGGGAGUGCUGGUAGUGCGGGGUCCUUGUCUUCUGUAUCGUCUUCUUCUUCUUCUUCUUUGCAGCAACAACAGCAAGGGUCUGCAGGUCAGCGACCAGGGAAUUUACCUUCGCGAAAUGCAUCUGAAGGUUCAGAUUCAGGAGUUUAG